AUGCAAGUCACAUGGCGACGGCGAACACCACCGCCAACACCCAACCGCCGUCCGGACCCGCGCCGCUCCUCCCGCAUCAACGACAGCGACGACGACGAUGAGCACAACAUCCGCCGCGUGGGCCACCUGACGCUCUGCAAGCUGCGUGACGCCAUCGCACGCGCACAGGCGCUCUCCCGAUCCUCCUGGGCCGCGGCCUCUGCCUUUUCGCGACAUGGUCCUGCCCGCGCUGACCUCACGACCAUGACGCCACCUACACCAGGCGCCCCCGCGGCCGCAGUCUCCCGCGCGUCCGCCACCACCAUGGCACUCACCGACCUGCCCUACACCGUCUUCGCCGAAAUUGCGUCGCACCUGUCUCCGUGCGAGGCCAUCGCAGCUCGGCGCGUGUCGCGGACCGUCUACGCCGCGCUGACCCGCGCCGAGCUGUGCAUCAGCCUCCUGCUGCGGCACUUCCCCCGCGCGCGCGAGAGCCGCGAGCUCCGGACGUUGCUGCGGCGGGGCGACGCUGCCCUGCUCGAGGCCGUCCGAUGGGCCGACGCGCUGGCGGCGACGGCGCGCCGCUACCAUCACCUCGGCGCCGCAACGCCCCGCACGGUCGACACCAUCCGGGUCGCGCGCGAGGACCACAACGGCGGUUUGCUGCGUGGCGUCACGCCCUGGCACCGCUUCUUGCGCCUUGACGACAAGACGGCCGCGUUCCACCACUGGGACCCCGCAUGGGCGUGCGAUGCCACGGCCGGCCUGCUGGUGCACCCUGUAGAGGGCUGGCGGUAUGUGCUGCGCGACGUAGACUCCGGCUGUACGUGGCCGGUGCCGUUCGGCACGGUGAACCGGCUGGUGCGCCGUGUACGGCUUGCACACGGACUCCUCGUAUUUGAGUGGUGUGAGAAGCAGCCGGUCGGCGAGGAGGACGACGCACACAGGCAUUUUGCCACGGCCUAUGACGUGAGAAGGAUGGGACGGCCAGACGGCGUCGGAGUUGGGAGAGAGGAUGAAUUGUACACGCUGAGGCGAUACAGAAAGGUCAGGCGCGAUGACGAGGCGGAAGUAGACGAAUGCGCAGUCACAUUUCGCUGUGAAUGGAAGAUUCACAGCCUCGGAAUCCCGCUGCGCCACCAAGACCGUUUCUUCUCCGCGCACAACAGCACGCACUACGUUGUAUACAUCUGGCAGUCCUCGCGCUCGCCGUGGGGUGAGGACGAGCCGCUAGAGAGGCUCAUCAUCUGGGACAUCAGCGUGCCGUCACCCUCCUCGGCGCCCGCUCCGUCCUCCGGCGGCGGCGGCGAGCCGCGCAUCAUCGCCCAGCUAGACGGCGCACAGCUCGAUCACUGGGGCGUGCGGCAGCGAGGUGCGCCCGCGCUGCGCUGCCUCGCGCUCGACGACUGCACUCGAGAUUCGGCGGCGAGCGCUGCCUGCGGCCACGUCUUUAUCGUCGAGGAGGAGCAUCGGUGGUCCGCAGGCCCUCAUAGUAGCCCGACACCCCCGCGCCUGCACCACGUCAAAGCUACUGGAAUUCCACUCUCCGGGUCUGGCCCGCGCUGGGUUGACGAGUGCGGCGGCGGCGGGGUCCAGUCGGACGCCGGCGGGAUGCCCUUCUGCUGGCGGCCCGCAGAUGGUGCUGAGACGUGGGCCGGCCGCUGCCCAUGCUGGCGCCACGACGACUUCCCGUACCUGACUGUCUGUGAGGUCCGCGACGUGCAGGCCGGCGUACGCUUCAGUGCCCGCCAUUGCUUCAUGCUCGAGACACUAUCUGUGCACGUUAAGCCGCGGUUGCGCGUCCACGGGGUACCGCGACCUGCACCCCAUACGCCGCGGCGGCUCUCGUCAUCGACCAAGACGAGCAGCAGUCACGGUGGCAGGAACGCGAAAUUGACAACUGUUCUUGGAGGUGCAGGUGAGUACAAGUCUCGACGAGGCCGAGCCAGCGAGGCAGUUCGUGAGGGUCGCGAUAACCUGGGCGCUGGGAGUGAGAGCGAGUUCGACGGGUCUGACGCUAUAGCCCGGGAGGUUCAGUUCGGGGAUGACGCCUGGCCGAUGCUCCUCAACGCGGGAUACAUUUGUGGUGACGAGAGGUGGCUGAUUGGAGAAGCCACUGACGGUUCUAUAACCAUUAUGCAUUUCUAA